CCAGUUGGGGCGGGGCCCGCGCCUGCGCACGGCGCUGCGUCGGGGCUGGGGGUAGACUUAUAUCCGCCGGGUCAGCUGACGGUCGUCUGCAUUGCAGCCUGCGGAAAGCAGCGGCGCCAUGUACCUUCUCGCCCUCCUCUCCGGCCUUCUGGUCACCGCUCUGACCAGCCCUGUCCAAGACCCGAAGAAAUGCUCUGGAGGAUCAGCAGUGCUGUGCAGAGAUGUGAAGACAGCAGUGGAUUGCGGUGCUCUAAAGCACUGCCAGCAACUGGUCUGGAGCAAGCCCACAGCAAAAUCCCUUCCAUGUGACAUAUGCAAAAUGGUUGUCACUGAAGCUGGGAACUUGCUGAAGAAAAAUGACACUCAGGAGGAGAUCCUUCAUUACCUGGAGAAGACCUGUGAGUGGAUUCAUGAGUCUAGCCUGUCCGCUUCAUGCAAGGAAGUGGUUGACUCUUACCUGCCUGUUAUCCUGGACAUGAUUAAGGGAGAGAUGAGCAACCCUGGAGAAGUGUGCUCCUCACUGAACCUGUGUCAGUCCCUUCAGAAGUACUUGGCAGAGCAAAACCACCAGAAACAGCUGGAGUCCAACAAGAUCCCGGAGGUGGACAUGGCCAGUGUGGUAGCCCCCUUCAUGGCCAACAUCCCUCUCCUGCUGUACCCUCAGGAUCACCCUCACAGCCAGCCCCAGGCUAAGGCCAGCGAGGAUGUCUGCCAGGACUGUGUGAAGCUGAUAACUGACAUCCAGAAUGCUGUGAGGACCAACUCUACCUUCGUUCAGAGCUUGGUGGAGCAUGUCAAGGAGCAGUGUGACCGCCUGGGGCCCAGCAUGGCUGACAUGUGCAAGAACUACAUUAACGAGUAUUCUGGUGUUGCCGUCCAGAUGUUGAUGCACAUGCAACCUAAGGAAAUUUGUGCACUGUUUGGCUUCUGUGAUGAGGUCAAGAAGGUGCCGAUGAAGACUCUGGUCCCCGCCAAUGUGGCCAUCAAGAACAUCCUCCCUGCCCUGGAACUGAUGGAGCCCCAUGAGAAGGAUCUGAUGCAAAAUGCGAUUUUCUGCCGGGCUUGUCAGUUUCUGAUGCAGAAGGUGUCUGAACUGGUUGCCAACAAUGGCACUGAGGAACUAUUAAUUAAAGGUUUGGGCAACGCAUGCUCACUGCUCCCCCCUCCUUCUUCAACCAAGUGCCAGGAGGUGGUAGAGACAUACGGCCCUUCCUUGCUGGAUAUCCUUCUGCACGAGGUGAGCCCAGACUUGCUGUGUAGUGCAUUCCUCCUCUGUUCUGCUAGCCCUGAUUCGCUGGAGACACUUGAGCAGCCUGCAUUGCCCCUUGUACCUGCACUGCCAAAAGAGACCGAGUUGCCCAAACAGUCUGCAUUGCGCGCACAUGUGUCUCCUCAGAAGAAUGGUGGGUUCUGUGAGGUGUGCAAGAAACUGGUCGGCUAUUUGGAACACAACCUGGAGAAAAACAGCACGAAGGAAGAGAUACUGGCUGCACUUGAAAAGGGUUGUAGCUUUCUGCCCGACCCCUACCAGAAGCAGUGUGAUGAAUUUGUUGCUGAGUAUGAGCCCUUGCUAGUGGAAGUCCUUGUGGAAGUGAUGGAUCCUUCCUUUGUGUGCUCGAGAAUUGGAGCUUGCCCUUCUGCGUAUAAGCUGUUGCUGGGAACUGAGAAGUGUGUGUGGGGCCCUAGCUAUUGGUGUCAGAACAUGGAGACUGCAGCCCGAUGCAAUGCUGUCGACCAUUGCAAACGCCAUGUGUGGAACUAGUUUUCCAGCUUGCAGAAGUUGCCUACUUGUGCGUCUAGGGUAGCACCCAGAUCUAUUUGACUUCAUAAUAAGUAGGAACCCCCCUUUUUUGGUCUGUCUCCCAUCGCUCCCCUUUACUAGAGGAUUGCUGUCUAGUGUCAUGUCUAGCCCCUUCAGAGUCCCCUUUCUGUUUGAAGGAUGAGGACAUUUAGGCAUCAGCUCCUCGGUUGCCCUUUCACCCACCUGCUGGAGGAGGGUGGUGAGCCAGAGGGCAGAGGCAUUUCCUGAGGCCUAACUUGGUGUGUAGGAGGUAUGGUGGGAGCUGCCUACCUUCCUGUGGUACCAAGGAGUUUUUUUGAAUGAUUAGAAGCACAGAAUUGUCAGGCCUUUAGAAUAAUGGAGCUGCCAUUGUCACAGCACAGAGCUUUCGGAAGCACCCGCUUGGGCCCUUGCUAUCCAUAGGCUACUCUUUCGCUCUGCUUUCCUGUCUUCCUGUCUGCCUUGUUGGGGGUUCUGUGGGGUGGGGUGGGGCGGGGAGGGGAAAGUUCUGAAUGUAACUUGCCCGUGCCGUGUGGUGCUCUUGUGGUCCUGGCCUUUUGUGUGUGAAACGUGUGAACAGUGGUCUCUGCCUGGCUGUGGGGCCCCUGCACCCCCCUUUCCUACCUUGUAGCUCUUCCUGUUGAACUGCCCUUUCACCUCAUCAUUGGAGGAAGUGCCUGCCUAUCAGUGGGUGAUGAGCUAAGGGGUCUCUGUGUACAGGAACUGCAUGGAAUCUUGGAUGGCUGAAACUUCCUGUGCCUCCGGUUGCCAGGAGACAGCCAGCAGGAUGGGCAUGUGCAGUUACAUGGACCUAGAUUUUGUUUUGCACUAAAGUUUCUAUGACUGAAUAAAGUUCUGUUAAUCAGG